GGGGUAAAUUGGCGCUACCACCAACAAAACAAGAAGUAUCCCAACGGUGCCAUUCAAGGGAGCGUGCUACCUACUCGUGCGGACCAGUACAAAAGCCACCGACUAGAACCGAGACCGAGAACCCCGAACCAACUACCGGCCCCUCAUUCAUCAUGCCGUCCAUUCGCAAUACCGCCUCCGAUGUCCCGGACAUGAACCUCUACAAGCUCAACCGGGUUCACCGCACGCUUGACAAAUUAAAGGAGAAGAAGGAAUGGGAGGCAGAAGACACAAAGUCGUUUGACUGCAUGCACUACCUGGGCGAUAGUGCGAUCGAAACGGCUGCCAAGUCUUUGGGCCUGCAAGCCGGGGAGCGGGUGCUCGAUAUCGGAUCCGGGUUCGGCGGCACGGGCAGAUAUCUCUACCGACAUUUCGAUGCUACGACAGCUGGCAUUGAACUCCAAAAGGAGAUUCAUGACAUUGCUCAGACGAUUAACGAAAAAUCGGGUGCUGGGGCAAAUGCGACAUCCACUAACGGCAACUUCCUCGAACUUGACUCAGCUAAAAUGGGUGCGCCGUUUGAUCACAUCGUCUCAUUCCUUUGCAUCCUGCAUAUCCCAGAGCGAGAAGCCCUGUUCAAGAGAGCACACAGUGUCCUCAAGCCAAGAGGCAAGAUGUACAUUGAAGACUUCUUUGCCCGAACAUCUCUGGACGCCAAGACUCUCGAAGUCUUGAGAAGCUCGGUUUCCUGUCCGGACUUGCCUGACAAAAAGCAUUAUAUUGCAGAGCUCGAGAAGGCUGGAUUCGAGGUCACUGACUGGGUUGAUAUGUCAACCGUCUGGACAGACUUUGUGCAUGAGCGUGCCGAAGCCUACAAGAAAGAUCCGUCGAUAGAUGCUGACCUCACCGCAUUCUAUGAUGCCGUCGAUGAAGUCUUUUCUGGAGGCCAGGUCGGAGGCACCCGAAUUACAUGUCAAAGAAAGUAAAUGCCACGGUCACCCGUCUCUGUUUUCUGACUUGUGGUGAAAGCUUGUUCAUCAC